AUGUCACAUUUUAUAAAGCUCUUCAGAAAGGAGGAGCUCAAGCCAAUAAUAAGGGGAGCCAAUCUUAUUGGAAAAGGUGGCUUCGCUGCAGUUUAUAAGGGCUUUGUUGAUAACACACUGGUUGCGGUAAAGAUACCGAUUGGUUCUGGUGUGGUAGAGAAUGCACAAUUUGAAAAUCAGGUCAUCAACAUGUCUCAAGUCAGCCACAAGAACAUCGUUAGGCUCAUAGGUUGUUGCCAAGAAGCAGAUCACCCCAUGCUAGUGUUCGAGCUCGUCUCCAACGGAACCGUGAAUGAUAUUCUUCAUGGCGGCAACAAUGCGCCCUUAAAGUUGGACGUGCGUCUAACUAUUGUUGCAGAAUCAGCACAAGGGCUAGCUUAUCUCCAUUCACAAGCUCGUAUCAAAAUCCUGCAUGGUGAUGUUAAACCGGCAAAUAUACUCCUGGAUGAAAACUGUAUGCCAAAGAUUGCAGGCUUUGGCAUAUCAAGGUUGAUUACAGGAGAUAAGGAACACACUAGGCGCGUCAUCGGUGACAUGAAUUAUAUGGAUCCAGUGUACCUGCAAACAGGCCGGUUGACCUUGAAAAGUGAUGUGUACAGUUUUGGAAUUGUGAUCCUGGAGGUCAUUAGCAGGAAGAAGGCCACUCAUUAUGACGAAAACAGCCUAGUGAGGAGUUUCCUUGAGGUUCACAAAGAAGGGAAGAAAGCAACCGAGCUGUUUGACAAGGAAAUUGCAGUAACAGCAGCAAAUUUGGAGCUCCUUGACUAUCUUGCAGAGAUCGCUGUGGAAUGUCUUAACCUUGAUGUGGAUCAAAGGCCCACGAUGACGGAUGUUGCAGAGCGCCUUCUCAUACUGAAUCGAUCUUGUAGGUCGCAAGCUGUUUAG